AUGACUGACCAUAAGCAGGAAUACGCUGCUGAAAAAGACUUCAUCGACGAGAAGGUCGAUGCUGAGCGCGCCUCCGUCGUCCUCGAGGAGGAAGAGAACUCUCCCAUCCCCGAAGUUGCUGCUAUCGUCUCCAACAAGGAUGAACCCGGCUUGCCUGUCAUGACUUUCCGUUUCUGGGUCAUGGCCGUUAUCUUCUCUUGCCUCCUCUCCUUCUUCAACCAGUUCUUCUGGUUCCGCACCCACCCCAUGACCCUCUCAACCUUGGUCAUCCAGCUUGUUUCCUACCCAUUCGGAAAGUUUAUGGCCCGCGUCCUCCCCUCCGGUCCCCUCAACCCUGGCCCCUUCAACAUUAAGGAGCACGUCUUGAUCGCUCUUACCGCCAACUGCGCCGGUGGUACCGCUUACGCUGUUGACAUCACUGUCAUCCAGAAGGUCUUCUAUGGCCAGGAUUUCGGAUUCCUUGCCAACUUCUUCCUCAUUCUCACGACCCAGAUGUUGGGCUUUGGAAUGGCUGGUGUCCUCCGUCGUUACCUCGUCUACCCUGCCGCCAUGAUCUGGCCCGCCAACUUGGUCCAAGUCGCUAUGUUCAACACUCUCCACAAGGACGAAGAUCUCCUUCCCGGACAGUGGACCCGCUUCAAGUUCUUCUGUGUUGCAACAAUUGCCAUGUUCUUCUACCAGUGGAUCCCUGGCUUCAUCUUCCCCGUCGUCUCAUCCAUUGCAUGGGUCUGCUGGAUCGACCCCAAGAACCACGUUCUCUCUCAGGUUGGUGGUGCCAACGGUCUCGGUGUCGGAGCCAUCUCUCUUGACUGGAACAACAUUGUUUCCUUCUUGAGUUCUCCUCUGGUUGUUCCAUGGUGGGCUCAGGUCAACAUUGCCUUGGGUUUCUUCCUCAUCGCCUGGGUCAUGGUCCCUAUCGCCUACUACACCAACUUGUGGGAUGCCCAGCGUUUCCCUAUCCUCACCGCAAAACUCUUCACGACCGAUGGUGAUGAAUAUCCCGUUCUCAGCGUUCUUGAUCCAGCUACCGCAUCUUUGUCCCAGGCUGGUUACGAGCAAGCUGGACCUCUUCGCAUCGCGACCUUCUUCGCUCUCACCUACGGUGUUGGUUUCGCUGGCCUUACUUCGAUGAUCACCCACACCUGGUUGUACCAUCGCCACAAAUUGGUUGCUCAAUGGAAGCAGUCUCGCACCCAGUCUGAAGAUAUCCACCACAAGCUCAUGCAGGCCUACCCUGAGGUCCCUGACUGGUGGUACGGCGCAUUGUUCGUUGGAAUGACCGCCCUUGCCAUCUUCACCUGCCAGUUCUACGGUUACAUGCCCUGGUGGGCCGUUCUUUUGGCCAUCCUUCUGGCUGUCGUCUUUGCUCUCCCCGUCGGUCUUAUUCAAGCCUUGACCAACCAGCAACCCGGUCUUAACAUUAUCACCGAGUACGUUAUCGGUUACAUUCUUCCCGGUGAGCCUAUUCCCAACGUCACCUUCAAGACCCUCGGUUACAUCUCCAUGGCCCAAGCCAUGACCUUCACUUCAGAUCUCAAACUUGGCCACUACAUGAAGGUCCCCCCACGCGCCAUGUUCUGGGCCCAGCUCCUCGGAACCUUCAUCGCCGGUCUCAUCAACCUGGUCACCGCCAACUGGCUCCUGCGCUCUCAAAAGGACAUCUGCAACGGCUCCAAGGAAUUCGCAUGCCCCCACGCCAACACCUUCUACUCUGCCUCCGUCAUCUGGGGAGUUAUUGCUCCUAACCUGAUGUUCGGCCCUACAUCCAUCUACAACGCCAUCAACUUCUUCUUCCUCAUCGGUAUCGUCCUCCCCAUCCCAUUCUACUACCUCAAGAAGGCUUUCCCCAACACCUGGCUGGACUAUGUUCACAUUCCCGUCAUGUUGGCCUCCACCGGUAUGAUGCCUCCCGCACAAGCCUACCACUACACCAACUGGCUCGCCCUCGGCUUCGCCUUCCAGUUCUUUGCUCGUCGUUAUCGAUCCGAAUGGCACUUGCGCUUCACCUACGUCUUAUCGGCAGCCUUCGAUUCCGGUGUCGCCUUCUUUGGACUCCUUUCUUUCUUUAUUUUCGGUAUCCGUGGGGUUACGAUGCCUGAGUGGUGGGGUAAUCCCGCAGCGGACAUCUGCCGUCUGGAUUCUUACCCCUUGAUGUCGCCUAAAGGCGGCUUGGUCGAUCCUUGGGCUCUUGAUCCAAAAGCUGAUGACGCCCCCAUGUAUAAGUUCCCCAAGUCAUACGUCCCCUUUGUCUCCAAGUAA